AUGGCGCACCUCACGCCAGAUUUGCAGAAUUAUUUUGGCCACAUGCGACAGCAGGGAGGCGUUGUCGUUGAAACCUUGCCAAAACUCGACUUGGAUUCAUACAUCAAGAACUACGAAGGCCGGACCCAAUUCGACCGACUCCUCCAUAUCGGUCGAUCCUCCAUCCCGCUGUGUGUCGACGCUCUGAAAGCCGCAGUCAAGGAAGCAAAGGCUGGCGGGGAUGUAGGCAGAUACAACGAGGCCUGGGAGAACAUCAGGGUCGCAGCGCCCCACGAGCCGGAGGCUAUCAAGGAUGAAGAGUGGAUUGCGCGCCAAAAAGACAUCAACAAGAAGGAAUCGACCCGUUUAGAGUCCAACCUUUCGGGGUAUAAACAGAAUGGUAUCAAAGAAAGCAUACGUAUGGGCAAUGAGGACCUCGGUCAACACUACGAACAGAUCGGCAAGUUAAAAGAAGCCUCUGACGCCUAUGGCCGUAUGCGGCACGAGGUCAGCACGACGAAGCACAUUAUGGAUUGCUGCCAGCGGUUGAUUAGCGUGGCACUCCAGCGGAGAGACUGGUCCUCGAUUAUUAGCAACAUUGCUAAGAUCAGCAGUAUCCAGGGCGUAGAGGAUGAUCGUGCUAUGCAGCCCUACAUUAAGAUUGUAUCGGGUAUCGGGUAUCUCGGGCAAGGGCUCUUCAAGGAAGCCGCCGACAACCUACUCCGAGCAGAUUUGAGUGCCCCCGCCGAUACGUUCAACGACAUCGCCACGCCUAAUGAUGUUGCCAUCUACGGAGGCCUUCUCGCACUGGCGGUCAUGGACCGUGGCCGCCUGCAGACGCGCGUUCUCGACAACCCCCAGUUCAGGGUUUUCCUCGAGACAGAGAGUCACAUCAGAAAGGCCAUCACACACUUUGUCAGCGGACGAUAUUCUGCAUGCCUGUCCAUUCUCGAAUCAUACAAAGUGGACUAUCUGCUUGAUAUCUACCUGUCGAAACAUGUCGAGAACAUCUUCUCGCAGAUUCGACAGAAAUGCAUCACCCAGUAUUUCGUACCCUUUUCGUGCGUCACACUCGACAGUCUCAACGAGACAUUCGCCCACGACGGUCAAUCUAUCGAGGCAGAGCUGGUGGAUAUGAUCCGCUCGGGAAGUCUCAAUGCCAGGAUAGACUCGGAAUCCAGGUUACUUGUUGCCGUGCAGUCGGAUCCCCGUUUAGAGAUGCAAUACGCUGCGUUGAAGGCUGCGCGCAAAUACGAGGAUGAGGCGAAAGAACGACUGCGUCGCAUCAACCUCAUCGCUGCGGGUCUGGAAGUGAAGGCUGGCAAGCAGCAGCCCGGGGGGGACGCAGCAUGGACCGAGAGUGCGUCAUUGGGUGCAGCUUCCUAA